AUGGCUUCCCCAAGGGCAGACUCGAUUGCGCGAAAGCCCGCGAGCCCGUGGUUGAAAGCGGCUGCUGUCAUCCUUCUCCUUGCCGCGUUGCUCGCCGCCUUGCUCGUCCCGCUCUUCCCCCCGUCUGACUCGUCCGGCGGGGGACGCGCGUUGCUGUUGAGAGACGUCACGCGCGGCGCCGCGCUUCUACUACCACCCGAUGCGCGCGCGCCAUGGCAGCGCAGCGCGCUGGAUGCGGCAUCAUGGCUCGCGGCGGACGACGUCUCCUCGCGGCCCGCGCGCUUCUACAUCCGCAGUCACGGGUUUCCCGGCCCCGUACCGUGGACGUGGGUGCAAGGCGCGCUCCGCGACGAGUUCACACUGGGCGGCCGCAUCCAGGUGCGUCCGCGCUUCUUCGGCAAAGAAGCAGUGGACUCGGGCAAGCAGCUCAAGGCGUGGCGCAACGAGGAGAUCGCUCACAACGUGAACCUCGCUCGCGCCCGCAAUGCGAGCUUUGGGUCGUACGGGCCCAACGCCACGGCCGCAUUCCUGCAGGCGUUCGAGCGCUACCCCGUGAGCGGCAAGUCCGUUCUCGUCAUCGGCAGCCAGCGGCCGUGGGUGGAGGCGAUCUGCCUCUCAUUCAAUGCAGGCACAAUCACAACCGUAGAUUUCAACAAGCCCGUCUCAUCUCAUCCUCGGCUGCGGCUGAUGACAGUGGAGGAGCUGGAGGGCACGGACGAGGUGUUUGACGUGGUGGUGUCGUUCUCCUCGCUGGAGCACGACGGGCUGGGGCGCUAUGGCGACCCCAUCAACCCCUUCGGCGACCUGCAGCGCAUGCAGAAGAUCCAGGGCUUGCUCAAACCAACAGGGAGGCUCUUCCUCGGCCUGCCAGUUGGCAAUGACACUCUGGUAUACAACUCACACCGCAUCUAUGGGCCUAUCCGCAUGCCACUGCUUCUUUCCGGGUGGACGCUGCUGGAUGUGUUUGGAGCUAGCAGCUUGGAGCAACUGUACCGCGAGCAUCAACAUGCAGGAUACCACCAACCACUCAUCGUCCUGUCUAAGGGCAAAUCACCCUAG